AGUCGACAAAGGAACAAUGUCCUUCUUCGAUACAAUCGUCGAUGACACGCUCGCAGCAGCACUCAGAGCCCACAUCGCAGCGCUCGGAUACCACGACGAAGAUGCCAGAGGAGCGUCACAAUGCACUGAACCAGUCGGAGGCUUACCUUCCGGCCAGCCCGGAUCCCUCGACAUCUCGUCGUUUCCGAUAGAAUUACUUCAGGAAGUCUUCGUCAACCAUCCUGGUUGCCUAGCUCGGGACCAUUUCUUCCCCUACCACAGCUGCAAAGACGAUGGACGCCCUUGUGGGUCUUUCUGCUGGCUUACCGUGUCCCACGUCUGCAGGCAGUGGCGUGCAGCCGCCCUGCAGUGCCCUCGCCUCUGGACCCAUAUCCCAGCCACUUCAACCGUCGAAUGGACUGCCGAGAUUCUGCAACGAUCCGGUGCGGUCCCGCUCCACGUCGACCUGGAUCUCCGCGACUCGAAGUCCUGCGAGUCGGUGCUUCCCAGCUACCUCGUAUCCGUACCCUGCGUUUGCUCCCCAACCAGCAGCACAACGAGCACAUUCUCGAGCUAAUGAACGGCUCGCGCCGCUGCUUGAGAAGAUCUCAAUUUCACGGGCCCGUAGCUCUUCCCAGUCGGACGACGACUGCGCAUACCUCUCUGCCCUUCUUUGCCGCGAGCGCACUCCGCGCCUCACGAAGCUCAGCAUCAGCGACGUUGGUCUGCACCUUCUAGGCCCGUGCUCCCAGUCCCUGAAACACCUAUUCGUCGAUCUCUCGCAAUCCGUCAACAGGUCGUACGCUCGCACAUUCCUGGAUGCCGUUCGAGAGAUGCCGUCGCUCGAAACCAUCACGUACCAGCGUCACUUGGUAGCUCCGAUAUUGAAUGCACCUCUGCCACCCUCGCGCACGAUCCAGCUGCCCCAUCUCAAGUCGAUGCGCAUGGCUACGGAAGCUUGGGAAUGCCUCACGCUGCUCAGGGAGAUGGCGCUUCCCGGUUUGGCCGAGCUCAACGUAUCAAGCACUGUCACCGUCAUCUACGGUCCUUUGCUCGUCGAUGCUAUCGCACAGAACAUCCCGAACAUCGCAGAACUUGCUACGUUGAACGUCAGCAGAUACCCCACAUACGUCCGCGUUGCGACGGGUCCGAAGGACAUGCUCUUUCCGUCGGACGGGCUACGGUUCAGCCUCGACGUUUCGAUGCGUUAUUGCCUUGCCAAUGACUCUGACCGCAUUAUUUCGAGCCUGACACUCCUGCAACCUCUGCGUGGCGCCCGACACCUUGUGGUUGAUGGUGCAUGCAUGUCGGAGUCGAGCUGGUCGGCAAUCUUCGAGGGCAUGGACGACGUUACCCGGCUCAGCGUCAGUGGUUCGGAGGCGGCCGAAAAACUCCCCCUUGCCCUCGCUCGCAGACGUCAUACGCUCGAUACCGUUCGACAGUCCUUGGAGCCCCAAGAGCAUCUGCCGAGUCUACGCAGUCUCGAGCUCACCCGCGUACAUUUCGGCGACAAGGAAACACUGCGCGUCGGCACACUGAGCGGCUUCGCAGCAGACUUCAGGGCGAGCCUUGCUAUUCGCGCGCGGCAUGGCAGGAAGCUGGACGAGCUGCGGAUCGUACGGGGAUCAACUUGCACCAGGGAAUGGUCAAUGCCUUCCGCAAUGUUGUAGGUCUGGUGUCGCACGAUGGCUUGCAGGAAGAUCGUCGGAAGUCGACUUGGCCGUGGGAUGGUUUCUCGAGUCUGUUCGAUGAUAUGGAUUCGGAGCCGCCGUCAAUGUCACGAUACCAGGGUUCCACUCCCUUGUUCUGGAAUAUGUGAUGUUGCUCCUCAAUGUCUCGCCUCUUCAGUUUUUUUUUCUUUCUGAUAUCUUCUACCACCGAAUUUCUAGUAGUUGUGAAGACGAACGGCGCGUCCUUAUGUAUACAUGUAUGUGAGAUAAUAUGACGGGAUAUAGUACGGACAACGAAUAUGAUUGCGACGCGUUUGUCAC